AUGGAAGAGCCUUCCAUCACAGUAUGUCCUUACAGGACGCAAGUUCAUGACCCGUCUUCGAUUCAGACGGAACAGUACGAAGUACAAACCCAAAAAUUCGAGCUUCAAACUCAGAAGUACGAACUCCAAGCACCUCAAAGAUUUGAAGUGCAGCAGGCAAGGUACGGAGAACCUCAAGUCUUUACUGGCACAGAGAAAGACCUUGCGUUGCUCGCGAAGUGCCAAGAAGGUAGCCCUUUUGCAUAUCAAGUGGAAAACGACUCGGACGAGGAAUCAAUAGAAGAAGAUGAUUACAACAACGACAAUCCUGGUCACGAAAUGACAGCUGGGCUUGAAGGAGACAGCGAGGGGCAGAGCACUAUGGAUGGUGGGGGAGAAUCAAAACAUGACGAAGGUGGCGGGACCCCGAUUGCUGGGGAAACCAGCAUAACCCAGCCUGUCACAGUGGAGAUCAUUGAGAACGGAUCUGAAAACGUUUCCAAUGUGCCGCCAGCUGCCCCUGAUCCUCCUACCCAGGAUUAUGAUGCUCAGGAACAGAGCUUAGAGCCUAAGGAGGUUUCCGGCUCGACGGAUGCAUCACGACCGACCAGCCCUAGCAGCGUUCGUUUCGCUGACGAUACAGCUCCACCUGCUCCUGAAUUCAAACCUAAAGGGAAGAAUAACAAACAAUCGAAAAAGGAAACCAAGAAGGAUAAGAAACAGGACAAGAAGGCCAAACAGCUCGAAAAGGAAGCCGAGCCUGAAAAGUUCGUUGAGGUCGAGAAAGUUGAUGAGAACUUGCCCAAAUCUGGAAAGAAAGGAAAGGAGUCUAAGAAAGACAAGAAGCAGGACAAAAAGUCCAAACAAGCCGACAAGGAGCCCGAACCUGAGAAGCCAAUCGAGGUUGAAGAAGAGACACCGAAAUCUGGCAAGAAAGGAAAGAAGGGCAAAAAAGCAGACCAUUCCUGGGAGCCCGAACCUAUUGCCGAGAAGGAAGUAAAGGAAGUCAAGGAAUCAAAGCAAGAGAAGGGCGGCAAGGGGAAGAAGGACAAGAAAGGUGGCAAAGGAAAAGAGAAAGCAGGCAAAGCUUUGGCUGGUUUAGCUGUGGUCGGUGUAGCGGCAGCCGUCGCCAGUGAUAUGACACUUCCACCAUCAGAUGAGUCGCCUCCGAACAGCCCCGGUGAGGGCGAACCCAGUCCCGUUGAUAGCCCGCCUUCUUCGGACUCCAGCCCAUUACCAGAGCUUGAGCAGAGUCCAGAUGCAGCCCCAGCUUUGGAGGGCUCUGAAGUCGAGACGAAAGAGGCCGUAGUUGAAUCCAAACCAUCGGAUCCAUUACCAAGUUCGGAUGAGCCCGCUAGUGAAGCGCCAGUGGACGAGACACCGGCUCCUGUAGAGGCAAGCCCAGAGCCAGUGAUUGAUGAUAUCCCGGCUCCAGUUGAGGAGACUGUCGCUGAGCCAGUAGUUGAGGCCGCUUCUACUGAUAUCGAGGAAGAGAAGAUUUCGGAGCCUGUGGUAGAUGAGACUCCCGCUCCAGCCGUUGAAGAGACGCUGUCACCAGUGGUCGAAGAGCCGCCAGCUCCAGCUGUUGGAGAAAGUGCCGCCGUUGAGGAGACAACAACGACAACUGAAGAGAUUGUACCAGUGGUUGACGAUACACCCGCCAAUGCUGAUGAAGAAACUGCUCCUGCGCCCGUGGUUGAUGAUACGCCAUCCCAGGUAGAAGAGGAACCGGUGCCUGCAGCUGUGGCCGAAGAGUCGACUGCCCCUACCACUGAGGAGUCCAGCUCGGUUCCCGAGGACGUGGAUGUACCAGCUCCUGUAACAGAAGAAACUGCCGCCGCCGUGUCAGUUACUGAGGAGUCGCCGGCCGUAGAGGAUAAUGCCACGUCGACUGAAGAGACAGUGCCCGUGUCCGAUCCAAUAACUGAAGAGCCUAGUUCAGUGCCAGUGGUUGAAGACACACCAGCUGCCAUAGAGGAGGCCUCGGAAGCCGAUUCUAGUGCAGCAGAUGGUGAUAACCCUAAUCCUGCUGCCGAUGAAGUUCCUGUGGCGGAGCUGAAACCACUGGAGGAAGAAGAUUCUUCACAACUGGCUUCCGAUGAGGCCACUUCUCCAACCACAGAGUCAGAACCUGUGAGUAGCUGGGGCCAAUUUUGUGGAAACGCCAUCAUUGUCUGUGAAGUAGUAAAUUUCACAGCUAACAUACAACAGACAGCUGAUAGCCCCGAUGGCCUUCCCUUGUGCUCGAAGAUCGAAAAUACGAGUCGUUCGCAAGUACUUUGGCACGAAAAUUUACUGACAUUAAGACAGGCGGUCGAGGUACUUGAACCAGUUGCCGAAGAAGGUCCCAUCGCUGUUGAGGAUGGACCCGUCAGCGAGCCAGAGCCAAGUGAAGAAAUUACCGACGAGACCUCAAAGCCUUCGGAAGAAGAGUCGUCGCCAUCGGUUGAGGAGACGUCUGAACCUGAAUCUCAGUCAACGCCAGAGCCUUCGACUGAAGACAGCCCAGCUCCACUAGUUGAAGAAGCGACAGAAGAGCCAGCUUUGGCAGAUGCCGAGACUGUUGCUACCGAAGCCGAUAGUAAAAAUGAUGAAUCCUCGGCAGAUACGUUAGACGAGUCGCCUAAACACUCGGAGCCAAAUGCGGAGCCUAGUGAGGGUGUAAAAGAGGUGGAUGACUUGACAGCAUCUGUUGUUGAUAGGGCCAACUCUUCUCCGUCAAAUGAUGACAAAGAGGAGGUGGAUGUGUCGACUUUGCCACAGCCUAGUGAGCCAGAAGUCUCUGAGCCUACUGUUCAAGAGGAGUCAGCGCCUAUUGUUGAGGAGACUACAACCACACGAGACAGUGAUGUCUCCCUGGAACCUACUGUUGAGGAGUCAAAGCCAGAAGAGCAAACGACAGCCUCUGAUGAGCUGAAGGCCAGUGAAUCAAGUUCAACUUCCACAGAAAAUGUGGAUUCAACUCCAGUUGAGGUGACUGAGGAUGCUCAGCCCGAAGCGCCCGAAGCGCCAAGUGACGAAACACCUUUGGUCGCAGAGGUCGGGGAUCCAAAUUCUGAUGACAAAGAAGUGACACCUGAUAUUCCUAGUCCAGAGGUCCAGGCCACGGAAAACGGUGAUGAAGAACAGGCGCCACCAAGCUCUUCCGCCGAUGAGAUACAAGAGGUCGAAGCUCAGUCUACCCCAGAAUCACUACCAGCUGGACCUGAGGGCACAGCUGAGGAGGUCGAAGAAGAAGACGCCAGCCCAGCCGAUUCCGAGCAGCCCACAGAUGAUGGCGAUGCUUUACCGAUCUCUGAUGAAACUAAAGAAGACCGAGAAAGCGCUCCAUUCGACCUGGCUGCCGAAAAUCAAGUUUUGGACUCGACCAAUAGCCACGAAGAUCCCAAAGAAACCGAAGUUGCUUCGACUGAUCAGCCAGGUCAAGCCGCCGCCUCCCUCGAAGACGAAUCAGAAGCUAAGUCCUCAACUGAGGCUGAGGCGUCUGGGUCCAGUCAAGAGAUAGAGGAACUAGCAAUCGAAAACGCCGCUGAAAAGGAAGUUGUUGAGUCGCCGAAGUCUGCCGAGGUGGAAAGCAGUGAUGUCUCGACCGAAAGCAAGCCUGUGGAUGAUCCUGUCUCUGAAAAUAAGGUCGAAGAGAAAGACGCGCAGUCGGGAGAUUCUAGUGGGCCAGUAGCCGAGCCUGCAAGUACACCUGAAGCUGAGACAGUCGUGGAUUCGACGCCGGACGCCGUUGUGGCAGACAGUGAAACCACCUUAGUUGAUAGUUCCGCCAAAAAACCCGAAAGUGAGGAGCAAGCGCCGGGUGUAGUGCUCGACGAAGUGAAGGACGAAAGUACUGCCUCCGACGAAUCUUUGACAACUGUUGAUGACACCAAAGAUGAGCCAGCGGCGACUGGCGAGCCGACGACUUCUUCAAUUGAAGAUUCAAGUGAUGCCACUGCAACCCACGAAGGAGAGUCCAAAGAUGUCCAAGAAACGCCUGUUAUUUCGGAGACUUCUAUCGAUGCCCCUGACCCAUGUGAAGAGGUAUCCGGAGGGAGCGAAUCGAAAGAAGAUAUGGCUCUCGAGUCUUCGGAGACCUUAGCAGAUGGUUCAAAUGAAGAGACUCCUUCUGAGCCUUCCGAAACUAUCGCAGAGGAGACCAAAGAAGAAGGUCCUCCCGAGCCCUCUGCGCUAUCAGCUGAGGAGACCAAAGUCGCCCCAUCUCCCAUCGAGACUGUUGCCGAUGACCUGAAAGAGGAUGAUCGCAAGCCCGAAGAUGCUUCCAAUUCAGCUGCUAUGGAGGAUGUAAAAGAGACGACUGUUGUUGAAAAAAGCAAGGAGCCCGAAUUGGACGCAAGUGAGCCGACUAUCGAUGAGACAAAAGAGCUCCAACCCGAGAUUACUGAAACAGCUGCUGAAAAGGUCAAAGUGGUAAGGCAUUUGAAAUCUCAUCGUCCCUAUGGCGAAUAUGAUGUCACCCUGGGAUGCCACAAGGUGUUGAAUCCAACUAGCUUUGUUCGCCAGGCUGAGACCACUACUGAAGAGACUCAACAGGCCGAACCAGAAGCUGCAACUCCUGAUGACAGUGCCCUGAGUGGACCCCCGCCGUCCGAAGCAGUCGAUGGACUGAGUGAUACCAAAGAGGUCGAAGGCGAAUCUGAAAGCCAGCUCCCUGUUGCUGAAGAUACAAAGGACACCGAUGAGACGGUUGAAAGUGUUCCAGAAGUCGUUGAGGAAAUGAAAGAGGAGGAACAAACACCUACUGUUAUACCAGCGGAAGAAGAGUCCAAGGAGACCGAAGCUGCGGUGGAAAGUUCCCCUGAUGUCGCCGAAGUGGCAAAAGAGGAGGAACAAGAGCCCGUUGCUGAAUUACUUGGAGAUAACGUGGAAGAGCUUAAAGCUGUCGUGGACAGUUCCCCAGAAGUCGAUGAAGUAGAGAAAGAGGAACCGCAGUCUGAGCCUUCCUUAGAAGAAACCAAGGAGCCUGAAUCUGUCUUGGAAAGCCCCGAACCUGCUCAAGAUGCACCGCCGGAAGAGUCCAAAGUCCCCGAACCCGAGUCAGAGCCUACUGAUACCUCUGGGUAUGUGGAUGAGACCAAGGAGGAAGCAGCACAAGUGGCUGAUAGUACCCCUGAAAUUGUGGAAGAAGUGCCGAAGCUAGAUGAAUCCGCUGUUGAACAGGAGGCAGCUGCUGGUGAAACGAAAGAACUUGAACAAGAGACAAUGAUUGAGGAGGUCAAAGUCGCCGAGCCCGAGAAUGACAAUCCAUCCCCACCUCAGGACGAAGCCAGCAAAGAAGUCGUCGAUGAAGGAGGCGACGGAGGCAAAGACAGUCCCACCCUGGACGAUGCCUUGCCUAUUGCGGCGGACGCAGCAGCCGCCAUAGCUGUCGGAGCCAUAGCAGCUGAGGUACUUUCUGACGAAAAACCGGUAACCGACAAAGCCAUUGUUGAAGAACCUGAACAACUCCCUGGAGUUGAAGAGGAGCCAGGGCCCGGGGAGACGCCGUCCUCUCCAAAAUCCGACAAAGACAAACGUAGACAUCGAUCCUCAAGACAUUCGCGAUCAGGUCACUACAGUAGCUCUAGCAAAGAUGUACCUCGUGAGGAACGACCACAUCACAAGCGCCGCGAGACCGAACCUGCGCCGAAGUCCUCAUCUUCUCCCAAGACAUCCCCGAGAUCUGCAAAGCCAACCCGUCAUGACAGUGGGGUGAGUACUGGAAGUACUGGUUCUCAUCGGCAUCGCAAAGAUCGAACUCCUGAGGAGCAAGCCGCCCAUGACAAACGAAAAGAGGAGAAGCGUGCCAAGCUCAGAGAAGCAGAGGCGAAGUUGUUGAAGUCUGGUCCUUCCGAGAACGCCGUGAUUGAAGAGCAAGAUCCAACACCAGCUAUCCCCAGACGCAUGUCAUCGUCCCGAAGAUAUAGCAGUGGUAGAUCUGCUGCAGAUGGUGACAAAAAGCCAAAUCUCAUGGGCCUGAAGGGCGUAAGCAUUGUCAAGAGCCCCUUCGUUGCUACUGAUAAGUCACAUGUCAAAGAAGUGGUAGAGAAGGUCAAGGCACCAAUCAUUGACCGACCUCGGUUCUCCAUGGAUCAUGAACGGCCAAAACUCUCUCGACGAGAGACAACUAGUCAUCACACAAGAUCGCACCGUAGAGAGAAGGAGGAAAAUGACAGGGCAGAAGAAGAGAGGAAGGCUCGGAAAUCUAGGAGAGAGUCCGAGAAAGCUAUGGCCAUUGCUCGAGCACAAGUUGCUGAGGACGCUAGAAAACUUCAAGAGAAAGAAGACGAAGAGCGGAGACUUAGGCGUGAAGAGCGCAGACUGAGGAGGGCUGAGAUGGAAGCAUUGGAGAAGACCUCUGAGGCUAGUGGUGUCAAAGCCUCGGAAGGUAGUGCUGAUAAAGGUAAGGAUGUGGAGAAACCGCGAGAUGGUGAGGGUGUUCGAAGUAAGGAAAGAGUGCACCGCCAUCGCCACAGGCGUGAGAAAGAGAAAGAGCGAGAGAGGGAGAAGCCCAAAGGCGCGCUUACAUCGCUCUUCUCGUCGAUGAAGAAGGUAUUCAACUGA